GUCGUGUGCGUGCAAGGGGGGGCGACGUAAGGGUGCUUCGCGAGCCCGUCUCUCCUCGAAUGAAAGGAAACAACCUCCGGCGACAGAGACCCGCUCUUAGGCGCUGCCGGAGAACCCAGACCGACUUCUUUCUCUUUCCCCUCAUUGGCGCUUCUCUCUGCCCUCCGACUCUAGGUCCGGCUGCAUUUCUUGAGACUUAAAGUGGCAUUCUAAAGGCAAUUUAAAAAUCAUGUCAAGCUCAGUUGAACAGAAAAAGGGGCCUACAAGACAGCGCAAAUGUGGCUUUUGUAAGUCAAAUAGAGACAAGGAAUGUGGACAGUUACUAAUAUCAGAAAACCAGAAGGUGGCAGCACACCAUAAGUGCAUGCUCUUUUCAUCUGCUUUGGUAUCAUCACAUUCUGAUAAUGAGAGUCUUGGUGGAUUUUCUAUUGAAGAUGUCCAAAAGGAAAUUAAAAGAGGCACGAAGCUGAUGUGUUCUUUGUGCCACUGUCCUGGAGCAACAAUUGGUUGUGAUGUGAAAACAUGUCACAGGACAUACCACUACCACUGUGCAUUGCAUGAUAAAGCUCAAAUACGAGAGAAACCUUCACAAGGAAUUUACAUGGUUUAUUGUCGAAAACACAAGAAAACUGCACAUAAUUCGGAAGCAGCUGAUUUAGAAGAAAGUUUUAAUGAACGUGAACUGGAGCCCUCAUCCCCAAAAAGUAAAAAGAAAAGUCGCAAAGGAAGACCGAGAAAAACUAAUUUUAAAGGACUAUCGGAAGAUACCAGGUCCACAUCCUCCCAUGGAACAGAUGAAAUAGAAAGUAGUUCCUAUAGAGAUAGGUCUCCACACAGAAGCAGCCCCAGUGACACCAGGCCUAAAUGUGGAUUUUGUCAUGUAGGGGAGGAAGAAAAUGAAGCAAGAGGAAAACUGCAUAUAUUUAAUGCCAAGAAGGCAGCUGCACAUUAUAAGUGUAUGUUGUUUUCUUCUGGCACAGUCCAGCUCACGACAACAUCAAGAGCAGAGUUUGGAGAUUUUGAUAUUAAAACUGUACUUCAGGAGAUUAAGCGAGGAAAAAGAAUGAAAUGUACACUUUGCAGUCAGCCUGGUGCUACUAUUGGAUGUGAAAUAAAAGCCUGUGUGAAGACCUACCAUUACCACUGUGGAGUACAAGACAAAGCUAAAUACAUUGAAAAUAUGUCACGGGGAAUUUACAAACUAUAUUGUAAAAACCAUAGUGGAAAUGAUGAGAGAGAUGAAGAAGAUGAGGAACGAGAGAGUAAAAGCCGAGGAAAAGUAGAAAUUGAUCAGCAACAAACUCAGCAGCAACUUAACGGAAACUAGGUUCAUGGGACAGUUAGAAAACUGGGAAUGAAUAAGACAUCCAUAACUACUAUUCUUUUUUCACUGUUUUCUAAAAGGGUUUGUAACUUUUUACUGCCCAACUCUUAGAUCCUUCAUUGAACUGCCUAAAAACAUCUUGUUUAUGAAUCUUCUCUAGACGCUGAGUUUGACAUAUUGCUAUUAUGUAGCUGUAGUUUGCAGUUUCUGGGAAGCAAUUGAAACACUAUUAACCCCGUGUAUAGUGUCAACAGUUAAAGCAGACAUUGGAAUGAAGUAAGCUAUAUUUCUGGACUGAACAAAGUUCUACUGUUUAGAGUAUUUAAGUUUGUUUAGUGAAUCAUGCUCAAGGGAAACGUAAGCAAAUUUUACUUUACAAUGCAGACAUACCGCUGGUGGCAACACAUGGUAAUUUGUGGAUUUUUUUUCACACUCAAGUAAUGGAGGCUAGAAAUGAAGGGAACCUUUUUAUCUUAGCUUUGAAAGCACAUGCUAAAAGUCUCUUCCAAGAAGUGUGCUGAAGCUUUUCAUUUGGUUCCCGUCAGAGUUGUUCUCACUGACCAGUGUGGACGUGGGCACUGGCGAUCAUGAGCUGUGAGCUCCAGUGCUUAUGCCAAAAUUCUCAUGACAAUACACUUCUUCUCUUUCCAUGUUAUAUAAAGAGCUUCUGGCAAAAUGAUCGAAUCCUUUCAAAUUUAAACCAACAUUUGGCAACUGCAAAUUAAACCUCUUUCAGAUUUAAGGGGUUACCACCUGCUAAGAAAUUUAGACACCACAUCUGAAACCUGUUCCUCUCAAGUGCCCUGUUGUGUGGAACACUUAACAUAUUGGCCCAAAGUAUGUAAGGAGGUUUUGUGUGCUGUAGAAGUAAAAAUCAGUCUUUGCAUAAAACAGUAUUUAUUUUUAAUUUUGUGACCACUAUUUUAGAAACUUAUUUAAUAUUUUUAAUGUUUUCCAUCAUUGUUUGGUUAUCUAUUAAAUAGGCUUUUGUGCCCUGCUUUUUUCCUGGUAGGGCUUGGUGUUGCUUUAUUGAUCAUCAGAAUAGCUUCUGAAAGCCUAAGAACCCAGCUAUUUAGAAAGGAUUUUCACACUGGCAUUUCUAGCUAGUGAUAUUUUCUUCCACUCACUGUUGAAGCACAUUUAUGUAUUUCUUUAUGGCAAAACCAAAAAGCUUUAGUUGUGGUCUAUCUAAUAUUACCAUAGCACCUCAAUACUAAGGGUAGGGAUUCUGAUUUCUGAACUGUUAGUUAGCCUACCACAAUAAAGCAAAGUUGCAAAUAAAAAAAAAUCAUGUUAACUUGACUGUAUAUUGAGAGAUUCUGCAGCUGAUAGAACAGCAUUUUUAAAUGUAACAGGUGGAAAAUUACACUGUGCUUAGUGACUGAAGUUUUUAACUGCUAGUCCCUUUAAAAACACGUUUGUCAAGUGUGUAUUCACACAUAUACUUAAAUCAAGGGACUAAAUGCUUGCUUUGUUUUAGCCAUCUUUAUUGUUAUUUUUAGAAGGAAACUGGCUUUCGUAGUGGAUUGCCCUCUGUGUUUUCUCUUGGCUUUUAAUAUGCCAUCAUCAUGUGUAUGUGAUUAAUUUUCAAAAUUCAUGACUUGAAGUGCAAGACAGAUCUAAAUGUUUGUUUACCAAGCUAUGUGACUUUUCCCGAAGGAUCUGUACUUUAAUUCUUUACAACAGCUUAAAAAACAUUAUUUCUUAAAUCUUUAAAUCACUGUGUCUAGGUCAUUUUUAUAUUGUGUGCCAUAGAACUUACCCAUGGAGAAAGAGAGCUCCUUCAUUUUUGGACAACUACUGUAAUGAUUUUUUUAAGGAAAAAUGAAAGGUGCCAGGGGUAAUCAUGGCCAGUCAAUAAUUACAUAAUGGACUUCAAAUACUACAGCUGUCAGUUGACGGAUUUGUUAUGUAGUAAAAUAUAUGAUUUUGUAUGGGUUUCUUCAGCUCUUUCCCUGCCACUAGCAACCAGAAUAGCACUUUACCUUUUGGUUGGCUAGAUAAGUGGCUGACUACAUGUUUUUUUUCACUGUGGUGUGAUUGGCUGAAUAAUCUUUCAUUAAUUGAAAUAUGAAUUGAAGUCACAUGAAAAAUUACCUUUGGUUUUAAACCUACAAUAUUUUGAUUGUCCAUGUUUUCAUCACAUGCUGAGUAAAAGUGCCUUACAAUGUAAAAAUUGUACAGUACUUAUGUUCCCAAGUAGCAUCAUCAUCUUCUGGGUAGUAAUUACAUUGUGGUAUUAAUAUUUAGAGAAAUGGACCUCAGCAGUGUAUUUACUGUGCAUCUUUUAAGUCCUUAACUGUAGUUUUAAUAAGCAUGACAUUAUUUGAUAAGUAUAUGACAUUUACAUCAUUUCCAAAAAAUACUGCCAUGACUGUCUUUUAUGCAUAUUUUAGCCUAAAAUUUUGAAGUGUCUUUUCUUUCUUUCCUUUGUUUUUUCAUUUUGUUUUGUUUUUUGUUGUUGUUAUUGAUAUUAAACAGUGUAAUCUUUGCAAGCAUAUAUUGAAGAUUAUUCUGGAGCAUUUAUUGCCUUACCAGAAAUGUUAGUAAGAAAUGUUCUUUAGAAUAGAAAGAUAGACUUGAGUUUCUAUACUUUAAUAAGAGCUCUUUGUUCCUGGGGGGAGGGGGGGGGAUUUUUACAUUCAUCUCAACUUAUUAAAAACCCACAACUGAAAUGAAUUUUAUUCCAAGGAUCAGCAAUUUUAGAAUUUCAGAUAGUACUUGCUCAGAAGUACAAGCUAUUCAAGAUAUUAAGAGAAUAACAAGAUCUGUCGAUCUACUAAUGAAUCAGAAUCUAUGUACUUGAACAAAUGUAUGAAUUUCAAAUAUCUCAAAGCAAAUGAAAAAGUGUUCUAGAGUGUUGUUGCUUUUUUAAAAAGCACUGAGGUUAGACCAAGGUAUAGUUUGUUUUAACAGACAUUUAGAUUAAUUAUGAAGAUAAGGAAUGCAUCAUGGGUCAAAAAUCAAACAUUCCUCUCAUGUUAUGUAUAUUUUGUUCUUGUUAUAUUGGCUUUAUUUUCAAAAUUGUAGUUUGUAGUAUUAGUUUCCUUUAAUUGGUAUCCUUGCAUAUACUAUUCAUUCAAUAAAUGAGUUAUGACUUUGAUAUUUGUAUGCCUUUUUUGUGGAAGUGUAUAAUGAAGUUUAUUUGAAUAUAGCAAUAGUAUCAUAUUCCUUUUAGUCUGGCUUUAUUUCAAGGUGAAAUAUCUAGUUUAUUUAAGAAUUUGUAGAAAUCAAAAACAAAUAUGGGAAAAAAAGUUUGAAUUCAGUUCAAAGUUUCACAAUAUUAAACUUUUUAUUAUGGCAAUAAAUGGCAGUCUUUUAUUUACAAUAGAAUUGCAUUACAUCUUGGUUUUUUCAGUACAUGGUUCAGAUACCUACAGCUUAAAUCAUGUCUUUAGGAACCUAGUUAGAAAGUGAUUUUGAAAAUCAACACACCAAAACUCCUUGUGCAGUUUAUCUGAUAGAUACCAGAAUUGAAGGGUUAAUACGUCAGAAAGAGAUUCCAUUUUAUACACUUAACAUUUACUCCCAUUACCAUGGACAGCUUGCUGCUAGUACAGUGUUCCUGUAUUGCAGUUUAUCAUAUCCAGGGCAAAAAUCAAAAUUCUAAUUAGUGAGCUGGGCAUGGUGAUGCACGACUAUAAUCCCAACACUCUGGGAAGCUGAGGCGAGAGGACUGCAAGUUCAAGCUCAGCCCAGACUACUUAGUGACGAAGUGAGACCCUGUCUCAGAAUAAAAAUAUAAUUAUAAGGGUUGAGGAUAGGGCUCAGUGCAAAGGGCCUGAGGGCAAGCCCUGGUACCACAUAAGAAGCUUUAAUUAAUGGAAUACAUUCAUUUUAUACACAAUCCCUAAUCCAUAUUCUUCCUCAGAGGGGAAGAGAAUAUCAAGCAACAGGUUCUGAUCCAUGUUGGAACAUAGGGUGGUGUGCUUUUACCACAAAUUCUACCGAGUAGUGCCUAGUACAUGCGGGCAUGUGUGUAUUUAAAAUACAUUGCUGAGUUUCAUUUGAAUUGCCCCAAUAAAACUAUGGACAUGGCAAAUUAAUGUGGUUUUCUUUAGCAAAUCAGAACUGUGGCAGUUGAAUGCUGGGCAUGGUGGCACACGCCUGUAAUCCCAGCACUUGGGAGGCUGCCGCAGGAGGAUUGCUGCAAGUUCAAGGCCAGCCUGGGCUGUAUAGUAAGCUUAAGGCCGGCCUAAAUUACAGUGCAAGACCUUGUCUCAACAGAACCAGAAGAAAAAAAAAAAGAAAGACUAUGACAGUUGGUUUAUUGUUUUUCCAGCCACAGUCCCUAGCAAUUACUAAGGUCAUUACAAAGGAUAAACCUGAAAAAAUUUCCUGGAAAAAUUCAGUGGCCAGAAAAUGGCCAGUCCAUCUUUUUAAAGAAAAAAAUAAACCAUUCUUCCAUUUAUGUUUUAGAGUCUUCAGUUGUGAAGGCAAAGUACUCUUUUUUAUAUCAACUAAUGUUAUAUAACUUUGCCUUGUUCAGGUAAUAAGGUAACUGGACAGUAAGGAUAUAAGGCCAACGUGUGUUCUUCUAUUGUUUUUCUUUUUUUUUCAGCACUGGGGAUUGAACCCAGGGAGUGCUCAGCUUCAUCCCCAGCCUUUCUUUUUUCCUUAGGGUUGUGGUAAGUUGCCCAGGCUAGGCUUGAACUCAUGAUCCUCCUGCCUCCGCCUCCAGAAUGGCUGGAGUUAUAGGCAUGUGCCACCAUGCCUGGUUCACAAAAAUAUAUUCUUGAUUUUUAUUCGGACGAUAAAAACUAGAAAGUACCAGUUCCUGUGAAGUUGCUUAUGGCAUUUGAAAAUUUUACUUUAGGAGACAUGUUCUGUAUAUGGUUAGUGUACUAAAGUCAAUCCCCCAGCCCUGGUUCCUUGUCAGAAGACACCAGAUCCACAAAAUUUUCAAUUUAUGACUUUGCCUAUAUCUCUGUGUUGGUAUGUUUACUAUGAUUGGUGUAGGGGGAUAGGGAAAAAUAAAAGGCAGCUGAACAAAGAGGUAUGAUUCAUAAUAUUCUAAUAAAAAGACAUACAUGGAAACGAAGAAUACUAUUUGAGAGGGUAGCUUUUUCAGUGGUCCUGAGAGACUAGAUAUUUAAGAGAGUGUUAGGAGUGGUGAGACAAAAAUAAACUAUCCCAUAAUAUGCACACUGGAUUUAGAUCUGUCUUUGAGUUUCUAUAAAGUGAUUUGUACAGAAGGUAAUGUGUGUUUCUGAGUAUUUUUGCAAUCAGAACUGUUUAUAGAUUUCUUAUUUAUACAAGUAAUGUAUAGCCAUGGAAAGGAUUGAAUUACUGGAACAAUGUAGAUGAACCUUGAAAACAUUAUACUAAGAAGACAGAUACAAAAGGUCACGUAUGAUAGGAUUCAAUUUUUAUGAAAUUUCCAGGGACAAAUGCAAAGAGAUGGAAGGCAGAUUACUGGUUGCCAGUAGCUACUGAGAUGGGAAACUAAGGAGUGACUGUUAACAAGGUUAGAGUUUCUUUUUAGGGUGAUAAAACAUCUGGAAUUAAUGGUUGAUAACUGCACAACUUUGUGACUAUACUAAAAACCAAGAAUUAUACACGUAAAAGGAUGUUUUGUUAUGUGAAUUGUAGAAAACUAAUACAGUGUAUGUGGUCAUUGUAAAAAAUUAAAAUAUACAAAGAUAUAUGAAGCAAAAAAUGAAAAUACCCCCUUUCUUCAUAAGCCUGUUCCCCAGAAGUAUUGGAUAUGUAUCCUGUUAUAUGCUGUCCUGUAUAUAUAUAACUUAUAUAGUUUUCUUUGUUAGGAUAAUGCUAUUAAUGUUAAAGUGCUAUUAGGUGCUGUACUAUGUUUCACUUGAACACAUUGCAAGGUGUCAGUGCAUCUAGAUUUUUCACAUGCUUUUUAGCAGCUCUGUAACAUUGCAUUGUAUGGAUGAGCUAGGAUUGUUUUAUCUAGUCUCACAUACAGUAUCCUCAUGUUCUUAUACAAGUAAUUUCUUAGGCUAAAUUUCCAAAAGUGGGACAAGUAAGUCAAAGGUAUGUACAGUUAAAGUUUUGAUAAUUGCCAUGCAAAAAAAUGUGUACCAAUUUAAUGGUCCAUCUAUAGGGAUUAAGCUUGCCUGCUUCUCCACUUCAGAACAGUGCUUUUUAGUGAAAAGAGGUGUGUGUGGUACCUUUUUUAAUAUAAAUGCUAUGGUGUUUUGAUUUUGUUGUGAUAGGUUAUAUCUCUAAACAACAUAUGGGUUAUCUUUGGGAAAAUAGGCAAUAUGUUUCAUUUGUAAAAUGAUGCAAUCAAAAAGUUUUGUUUCAUGUGUAUUAAUUGUAAUAAUUGAUCAAUCAUUUCCCUUUCUUUUUUGAAAAGAAACAGAUUGUACAUCACUGUCUACUGUUAUCAGGUUGACCUACUUCUCCAUGUCCAGGGUCAUAUGUGGCUCAAUUCAGUACACAUGAAGAGGUGGUGUACUGUUUUGCUGAACUCUUGGGACCAUUAUUCUAUGACUGUGUCUAACAACUGGUCAAUUCUGUGAAACAAGAAAAAGUCACUUGAAUGUUUUUCUUUUAAACUACUUGUUUUGGCUUUUUAUGAAUAAAAUCUAAGACUAACCAGGAAAAUUGACUUUGCUUUUGGCUUAUUUGUUGGAAAGUGACUUUUUUUUUUUCAUUUAGUGAUUUCAACCAACAGUUGCCUACGUGUCUGAAAAAAAAUUAUUACUAAAAAUAACUUGGAUACUCUCAAAUUAUGCCUGUCAGUCAGCAUGGACGUUUCUAAAUAAAGAAUAAAUUGUAGUUAAGGAUGACUCAUGGUAUAUGAAAAUUAGAUUUUUCUAAUUCUCAAAAAUAUUUUGUGCUAUUUAGCUUUUACAACCUUAAUGAAACCAUCUUAUUGACAAAAAGCUUUAAGAUAGAGAUAUAACAUUACAAAAAUAACUUAUAAUGUUUUACCAAUAACCCAACCUUUGAUCAUGUUUCUGUCCACUCAUUCUUUAUGGGUUUGUUAAAUAAUGAAGUCUUUAAGGGGGCAACAAAAUAGGGUGACUUCAUUAGAGAGCUCUUUUUGUAACUUCGAACUGCAGCAAUCAUGGGGACUGCUGUCAUUUUCAUUUCAGAGGUUAACUCGACAAUUUAACACAAAGGCUUAUUUUCCACCAUUCCUGAUCCUUAAGGCCAAUAGGCUUAUGUUCUAUAUUUAGUAUUACCAGGAAGCAAUAAGUCCUCGGACCCUGGUCUCAGAUGUUCUUGCUUACAGAGCAAACACAAAAAGAGUUUCUGAAACUUUACAGGUCAGAGAGCCAGAAUUUUGGCAUUGUCCUCAAAUACAGCAUUCUUUCUGGACAUGCCUCAGAAGAAUUGUUGUUCGACAUGUCACUCUUUCCCAUGUGCUCCAGUGGCUCAGGGCAGCUAGCCAGUGUGCUGUGAAUAGAGGAAUAGAGCAUUAAAGAAAACAUGUGUUGCUCAGGCAGAAGCCUUGACAGGUUUUAUUUCUCCCUUGGGAAGAGGCAAGGAGGAAGAGGGAGGAUCUAGGCAGUCUAUACUGUGGCCCAUGGAACACUUUGGAACUGGGUCACCUAUCUCAUGAAACUUGGAAAUGCAGCCAACAGUUGGAAGGCCACUUCCUACAAAGAUCAACACAAAACUUGAAACAGUCAUGUAACUAUUCAUUUUUUUUCCUUUGAUGCCCUCCUGCAUUACCUUAAUUCAACUCUAUUACCUUAAUUUUCACCCCUUCAAGACCAUUCAUUUUCUGACUCUAGUCCCUACCUAAGCAUUCCUGGUUGUGUUAGUCUUCUGUCACUGUUACAAUACCUAAAAUGAUAAAUUUAGAAAAGGUUUAUUUUAGCUCACAAUUUGGACAGUUCCUGUCCAAAAGAAAUUAGUGCAUUGCUUCAGGGCUCUAAUGAAGUAGCACAUCAUGGAAACUGGUCACCUUACCAGGCAGCAAAGAGGAAGAGACCAGGGUCCCAUAAUCCCCUUCAAGGGCUUGUCCCCAGUGCCCUAAGGACCUCCCAGUAGCUGCACUCCCAAUAGCAGUACCCUGGGGAUUGUGCUUUAACACGUGGACCUUUGAGGGACACUCAUCCAAACCAUUCCAUUGACGUUCUGGUCUUUGCCAUAUUGUAGUAUUCUCACCCUUCACCAAAAUCCACUACUAUAGCUGUCACCUGGCUGUUACUGAAAUUCCAUGCUAAUUUCUACCCAAUAUUCUGGCUAUUGAAGCAUGAGUCCCAAACUAAAUUGUCCUGACCUGAGUUUAUGUUUGGUAGUGACAUCAUUCAUUAAUAGUAUAGUAAUUGGUUGCCUUCAGUCUCCGCAUUGACUUGCUGCUAAGCUCCUCAGCAUCUAUCACUCUGUCUUUUGGAGCCAUCCUCUCCUUAUUGCUGUUAGGCUAAUAGGGAUUCUACUUUCUUUUUUUCACCUUUUGCCCAGAUUCCUAACUUGCCAAAGUUUAUCAGACUUUAGUUCCUUUGUUUGCUUUAUUGGGCAGUUCUUGGCCUUGGUCUUCCUUCUUUACUCAGUCUGGAUGUGAUGGGAAAUUACCCUUGGACACCACUGGCCUCGACUUCUCACUUCUCUCAGUUCUUUGCCACCCUGUCACAUCACCACCAUCGUCACUACCCCUGUCUUACUCCCAUCCCAUCCCCUGUUUACAUCUGGGGAAGAAGACUUGCUAAAGAAAGUCAUAACUAUGCAAACUGAUGCUACCAGUUAGUCUCAGCUUCUGUCAAUCUUCAGUCCUUUACUUCCUUAUCUUUCCCAUUGUACUUAGAAUCUGCUGCAAACAUAAGCAUGUAAACUCCAGAGUUUGGUAGUCUGGGUUCAAACUGCAUGUAAGCUUGGUUGAUUUAUUGCUUGCCUCCACCUCUAUUACCUAUAAAAUGCAGCUAAAGAUAGUACUUCACUCCUAAACUUAGGAGGAUUCGAGGAAGGGACACAGACUUGAGACUCCCCCCUCCCUCAAUACUGUCCCUUGUACCUGUGUUCCCAGUUCCAGGUUUUACCUCAUUCUCUCAUCUAUCUCAUUUUCUUAAAGCCUAGUGUGCACUUGACAUUUCCACUUCCAUGUUUUUAUUACUUGUUCCUCGGCCCACUGUGCCUCCUUCUGUCCAACCACGUGUAUUUCUCAACUACCCUUAAAGUGUUCUGGUGAAAUUCACCACGACUACCCUGGUAUUGCCAAAACAAGUGAGCCUUUUCUUGUUCUUAAGUUACUUCUUGACUCUUUGUUGUCCUUGACAGUGCAAGAGCUGUCCUUUGAUCUGCAAAUCUGCUUUUGCCUGUGACCCAAGAGAAGGAGUAACACAUUACAUGAUGGGACCAAUAUUGAAAAGUCCUUCUGUCACCUGGGGUUCUAUAUGGACUACUUACCUUACCUACUAGCAGAGAUUUAAUAGGAACGGACCUCACAUCCGGUAUUUCUUGCCAAAAGAAAGACCCUCAGAUGUAAGGUGAACUGUGGGAACCUGGAAGGCAAUGGAGUGAAAGAAUUGAGAGAGAGAGAAAGUUGAAGCCAUUAUGUCCAGAAGUAAUGGAGUUGAUUGACCAACUUGCUUAUGAAAAAUACAAGGUAAAAGCUUGAAGUGCAUGGGAAAGCAAAGUGUAUUUAUGUACAUGUAUACAUGUUAUUCUUAUCUAAUCAAAAGAAAGAGGGCUGGGGAUUUGGCUCAGUGGUUCCAGUGCCUGCCUCACAAGCACAAGGUCCCGAGUUCGAUCUCCAGUACCAAAAAAAAAGAAGGAUAAAACACACACCUACUUAUAGAACCUAUGAGAAUCACCAGAUGAGCAGGGCUGAGAUCAAAAGCUGGGGAAUUGAACAUUCCACCCACAAAUCCAGUCGAGCAGCAGACAGGUGAAAACGGUACUGCCUUUCUGCUGGAACCCUUCUGCUGCAUACUUACAUGAUGUCUUUCUCCAGCAUGCAAGGUUCAGAGAGCCUGGCCCCUUUUACUGUGGUCAAUUCUAUUGUUGAAAAAAUUGCAGCCGGGCAUGGUAGCACAUGUCUAUAAUCCUAGCACUCUGGAGGCUGAGGCAGGAGGGUCACUGCAAGUUACAGGCCAGCCUGGACCACAUAGUGCCAAGACCAGUGCUACCUUGUCUCAAGAAACAAACAAAAGUCACCUCCUUGCAAGUUCUAGCUGUUGGUAUUAAUGGCAAUGUGUCUCUUACUAUAAUUUUUUAUUUAAACAUUCACCAUAUUUUGUAUCACACUUUCAUAUAUUGCUAUACAUAUUAUUUUUACAAAAAUAGGCUCUUCUACCUCCUAAGUUGUAAUCUUUUAUUCACUGAAAGAUUAGAUGUAUCUUUCCAGGUCAGUGUCAUUCUUAUGGCUGCAUAAUUGUCCAUUCUGUGGAUGUCUCAUAGUUCAGUUAGCCAUUUCCUUAUCAUUGGACAGGUAAAUAGUUGCCAGGUUUUGUUGUUGCUAUUUUGCUGUUGCAAAUAGUGCUGAUAUUUAAUCACAGAGCAACAGCAGAGACCCCAAAAUUGAAGGAUAAUCUACACAAUGACGUGCCUGAUCUCAGGAAAAAAGUCUUGAAAAACAAAGAAAGGCUGAGAAAACAUUCCAGAUUUAAACUGACUACAGAGACAUGACACAAAUGAUUAAAAUGGCAAGCAAAAGACAAAAAAAAAAAAAGAUUUAGCGGGCCGGGGAUAUAGCUCAGUGGUUCCGGCGCCUGCCUUGCAAGCGCAAGGUCCCGAGUUUGAUCCCUGGUACCAAAAAAAAAAAAAAA